GUUAGUUCGCCGACAGACCAGAAAGCGCCUAGUAAGAAUCCCGAGAACCCCGAGUGCCCGAAUCCGAGAUUGUGCCCAAAUUAGCCGCGCAGAAUUAAAAUUACACACAAGUUUUCAAGUGCUCGUGUCGCCAUUCCCCCGAAACCGUAACAUAACCUGACCCCAGGUGGGCGGAAAACCACCCCCACCACCACCCCACGCCGCCCACACGAACAUUAGACUUCUGUCACCUCCGAAGUGCCGUCGGUUUUUUAUUUGUACCUGUUGAAUUACCCUUUUUUGCGGCGUCGUUCUUCGAGCGCCUAUAUAAACAAACGCUCCCAACGGAUUUGCGUUUAUUCUGCAUUGUCACAUCUAACGGUAAAGACAAUUCAGGAAGAGCAAAAAUCAAAUAUCAAGCCAAAUCAGAAAUCUAUUCAGAAUAUUUAGUGGUAUACUUGGAAUACGGCUGGAAAAAAAUCUGAAGUCUAUUUUCGGAACAAUUCAGUAAAAAAGUACAGCUACAGUAAAAAAGUACAGUUACAGUGGAAAGUGUUAAACUGAUUGAACUUUAUUAAGGAUCAAGUGUGAAGAACUACACAGUUCACGUUUUUUUUUAAAUCGGAGUGAAAUUCGAAAAAGUUGAGGAUGUCAGCCGUGUCGUCGCCGACCACCUGUGGUUGCUCGCCUGUCCACUGGGCCAUUGUCAUUGUGCUCCUGUCAGUGGCGAUUGGACCGGGGAACGCCCUGCCCCGUCCAGCCCGCAACACGCAGUUGUUGUUCAGCGAGCUCCUGGGAGGCGGGAAUGAGGACAACAGCUAUUAUACCGAGCAGUUGAAGGAACAAAAACAGCAGCGCCUGCCAUCCUUCGCCAGGAAGUGGCCAUCGCUGAGGGAUCUCCUGCUGACCGCCGACUACGAUGACUUUGGAGUCACCCAGGAGAGCGAUGAGCCCGAGGCGACCAGCUCGCGACUGCUGGCCCGUCUUCACAAACUGGGGGACAAUGGUGGCGGCGAUGAGUUGCGCUACAAUGUCGUCACCGAUCUAACCAACAUGCCCAGCAAGAAAGUCAUGCCAGGACACUCCCUCAAGGAUCACAACACCAAGAAGAAUGUUCAAUUUCGUAAACAAUAUAUGUCGCCUUGCCACUUCAAGAUCUGCAACAUGGGACGCAAGCGCAACGCCGGCUUCAAUCCCUACUGAAGAGGAGUAUCGAUGCACCCAAGAAACACCCAACGCAGAACAAAAGCAAAAUUAAAUAAAACUUUCAAAGAAAAAUUAGAAUUUGCAUUGUCACAAACCGUUGAACGAAUGUUCAAAUGCCAAGUAUUGUCUACUGUUUUAAUUUUAGUUAGAUAAACCCGCGCAGAAUUUAAUUAGAAGUUAUGACUACAUUGUAUUUAUAAUAUAUGAAUCGACCUGCACAUGCAGAUACACAUCUGACUCCCUGCUCUCUUUAAACUGACCCCACACACAUUAAAGUAUUUCCAUAUUAGUUUUAACUCUAAUAUUAUCUAUGAUUCUUGUUGUAUUCGAAAUACAUUUAAUAAUAAUCAACAAAAUGUUGUUAGAUAUUAAGCCCAAAUAUUACAGAAAAUAUUACAAAAUAUUUAUUGAAAAAACCAAACGAACAAGAAUGAUCUGUGGCCAAUUUCUUGAAUAAAUGUUAUAUGAUUAUGGUAUUCAAGGACCCAAAAGGUGGUCCACUAAAUGUUUUUGGCAAUACAUUACUUAAGGUAAUUUCCGAUUUGAAAAUCAUUUGAGCUCCGUAAAGUAUUAUAAGCUUAAUGGGACUCAAUACAUUUCUUGGUUGAAUAUGAAGCCAUCUUUUAGGCUUUGGUUGGACUCCUUUUAUAGUUUAUUCGGGUAUAAAGAUAAAUGAUUCUUGGCAAAAAAUACUUUGGCUUUAAUUCUUACAAAUUUUAAUAUAAGGCUGAAAUAAUUUUUCCUUCAAUGGAAAUUAUAUCAGCAAAGUUCUCUGAAUAUUCCGUUUCCGAGGUUAGAGCUUUAGAAAGUUUACCGGACUUGGAUUUUAAGAUUGGUUUCGAGUAAGAUCUAAUUAGUCUUCAAGAUUUUUAUUGGCACUUUGAACUGAACACAAAGUCAAUUAAAGCGUGUUAAUACUCGAUGUGAAACCACUUAAUUGUUUUUACUGGCUCGCCCUCGUUAAUUAUAUAAUGAUUUGCAUAUUGACACAGAGAAUUAGUAGAUCUCUAGAUACUUCUAGGAAAGUGUUAAGAUACUGCUAAUUAAUACCCAUUCGGAAGUCGUAAUAACUGCAAUAAAAUCACGCUGCCACCUCUGGUGGCAAACCCACUGUGUUUUUUUUUUUGGAUUUGCCGGCCUCCAGGUCGCAAUUGCAAAGGCCAAGUGCCACUGCAAUUUGUUGAAAAGUCAGAAGCAGAACCCAAAUCGGCCGAAUCUGGUGGGUGUAGUAAGUAGUACGGAACCGAUCGAGGUGUCUGCAGGAUAUGAAAUAUAGAAAUCGAUCGCGUUUACAGUCGGCCACUUAAUGUCAAGCCGGCGCCGUUGGCCAUUAAAAACGGUGUGGAACGAAGCCAACUGGCAAGUAGUAAACGCCCA